AUGGUGAAAUCCAAUAGGGAAUCAAAGACUACAUCUUUGAAAAUAAACUAUUGUUAUACACUGUUCAUCUUCUACUUCUUGGCGGUUUCUCAUGUUUUUAUGAGUGGAUUACCUCAUAGAUUACAUAAUCUGUGGGGGAAACAGUCCGAGUUCGAGCUUGAUUUAUUGCAUACAAAGGCAGAUACGUUGAGAAACGUCUGGGUUGUUGUUGUCUUCGAAAUAACAACGAGCAUUGUUGGUGCUGCUGUCAACGCAAAAUCGAAUUUUCAUUUGAAAGUUUUGGAAUCUGUGUUCCAGAAUAUGCGUACGAUUAUACUACUGCUUGUGAUCAUCACGAUCUGCUUCACUAUGCCAAUGCCACAAGACUUUGCAUUAGCAGUGUUGGAUGUGAUUCCAGAAUUGGCAGUGAUAAAUGGGGAAACACGUAUAUGGGCACACCUGAAUCACACAUAUGGUUAUUCUGCGCUAAUCGAUGGUGUACGGGAAAAAGAUGAGGAUUUCGGAGCCAAUUCGGAACAACAAUUGUGGAAUAAUUUCAAUAAGAAAUGGUCUCAUCUAUAG